GGAAGUGCUGCACCUGUUGAAGCGUUGACUCCUCUUCAAUUUAACUUCGCUCACCUGGAAACACCAACACCUGUGAAGCUUGUGGAAACUCACCGAGCGUGUGGCCCCAUUUUCCGGCAGGGAAACAGGAGUUUAUGGAUAAAUUAAAGAAGGUGCUGAGCGGGCAGGACGAUGGAAACGCGGACGGGACCGGCAUACUGGAGAGAGCCAAUGAGGCGUCAACGUUGGCCUGGGGGACAAGGAUGAAGGGCUUUGUGGUCUGUUUCCUCUUGGGUGUGAUCAGCUCCAUCCUGGGCACCUGUAUGCUGUGGAUCCCAGGUAUUGGUCUCGCUGUGUUCGCUGUCCUCUACAGUGUGGGAAACAUCUGCGCUCUGGCCAGCACCAUGUUCCUGAUCGGUCCGUGUCGGCAGCUGAAGACCAUGUGUGCUAAAGAGAGGGCGUUCGCCACCAUCAUCAUGCUGGUGUGUCUGACGCUGACGCUGUGUGCUGCUUUCUGGUGGAAGAAUAACGGUCUCGCUCUGCUGUUCUGUGUCCUUCAGUUUCUGGCUUUCACCUGGUACGGCCUUUCAUACAUCCCCUUCGCCAGGGAUGCCGUCAUCAAAUUAUUUUCAAUCUGCGUCUAGACCCCUCCCAUCCCCCAUGUCACCCUCUGGGUCACCCCCCCGCCUGUCUGACCAAUCAGGACACAGGAGCCUGUGUGGUUUGUAUCCAGUCAAUAGUGAGGCCUUAAAUAUUUCACACAUCAGACCUGGUUUACCUGGAAAGAACUGGAUCAGACCUGGUUUCCAUGGAGACCAGUUCUCUUUACCUGUACAGUGUGUGUUGAUUUGUUUUCUCUUCCACCUGGACUGUUACCUGGAGUCAGUUUCUGUGUUCACACCGUGAUCUGGAUCAGUGUUGAUUUUAGAACAAGAUUUCGAUGUAGUUUUAAUCUUUUGAUGAAAAUGUUGACAUUUGAAGAAAUCAUGUUGGGAUGUGAUAAAUUAUUUUGCAGAUCUCACAAUCAGUGAGUUAUUAACCUAAUUUUUCAAUAUCCCAAUAUCGAAUCUGUGUGUCUGUUCCUGUUUUUAUAAAUCCCAGAUUAUGUG